GCGCGCCUCUAUCAACACUUAGAUCACGACGCGACAUACAAAGUGAUAGUGAAAAAAAAUCGACCCGAGACUAAUCGGAAUAUCGGAUAUUCCGAAUAAAUCGAUAUUUUUUUUCGAUUUGUGAGAAUUCGUAAAUUAGUAAAAAGAAAUAGUGGUGCGACGUGUUUUUUUUUGUUGUGUUGUGAAAAAACUUCCUUGUAACAAAGCGGAAUGAUGUGAAAAAAUGCCAUAGACCCAAUAAUAUAUAGACAUGGCGUCUAACGGCAAAACUCCGGAGAUUUUGACCAAUUUCGAAAUUGUUGAUUUGGACAAAAGUGGAGACGAGGAUGUCGUCAAGAAUGGACAGUUGGUGUUGUCUUCAGCCAAUGGACAGUUUGACGGGAACUGCCUUGGGGUCCCCAGGACGGGACACAGGCCGUCCAUUAUGGAGGUGGAAUGUGCUAAGGAGAGAACGAGAUUGGCUCUGUUGAAGCAGUGUUCCGCCAUAUUGAAACAAGGAGACCAGAAGUAUACGAAGGAGAGCCUGCAUCGAACGUUUCAGGACGAGGAUCUACUGGAGCGAAUAUUUCGGCUAUUCGACGCAGACGGCAACAACAACUUAGAUCAAAAUGACUGGUUAGAGUUUUUGAAAGAACGCCUUAGCGAAGACAAACAAAUAGAUUUUGUGGAACAAGUAGAAAGUGUUGCUUACGUCUUAUGCGGCAACGGUGUGAUUACAUUGGACACGUUUCAACUCAUACUUAAGAAUAAAGUGGUUACAAAUAAGUUGUUCAGAGUGGUAGACACAGAUGGUGACGGGUAUGCAACUGCUGACGAGAUCAUGGAGUUCCUGUCAACAGUCACCAGUAGCAGACCCCGCGUGGGCUUCGACAAGCACAGCGUAGAUCGACUGGAGAAGCUGUUCCGAGCUACAGUGGGAGAUGAGAAAGAGAUCACCAGAGAGCAGUUCCAGAAGAUAGUUGUGUCCAAAAAUCCCUUUUUCACGGAGCGAGUGUUCCAAAUCUUCGAUGAAGAUGACUCCGGUGCCAUCUCCCUCCAGGAGUUUAUUGCAGCCGUCCACCAGUUUGCUGGACAGACGCCCGAGGACAAGAUACGAUUCCUGUUCAAGGUUUAUGACUUGGAUGGUGAUGGCCUGAUCCAGCACCGUGAGCUGCAGCACGUGAUGCGAGCCUGCAUGGAGGAGAACGGCAUGCAGUUCAGUGACGACCAGCUACUGGAGCUCACCACCGCCAUGUUCGAUGACGCUGACACUGAGCGCCGCGGUGCCAUCACUUACGAUGCCUUGAAGAAACAACUUGAGAGUCACGAUGGAUUGCUGGAGAAUCUGUCUAUCAGCAUAGACCGUUGGCUAGUCCCUCCGAAGCAGGACCCGCAGCCAGUCUCCUUCAAACAACGUCUGUCCAGACUGAAGCCCUACCAGCUGUCGCGGCCGUACUUCAAGAACAACUACGUAUUCCUCACUUACUUGGGUCUGUUCACUCUUGUCAAUGUGGGUCUCUUCGUCGCUCGCUGCGUGGAGUACCGCAAGGCAAACGGAUUUGUUAUAUUAGCCAGAGCUUGUGGUCAAUGUCUAAACUUCACGUGUUCCUGGGUGCUGGUCCUAAUGCUGCGACACUGCCUCACGGAGCUCCGGGUCCGUGGGUACAGCUCGUACCUGCCCCUGGACCACCACAUCUACCUGCACAAGCUGACCGGCGUGCUCAUUGCUGUCUACAGCCUCGUGCACACGCUGAUGCAUCUUUGUAACUUUAGUAUAAUAGUAGUAAACGACCCAGUCUUGAAUAAAGCUAACUAUACACUCUCGGAAUGGCUGCUGACGGAGAAGCCGGGUCUGUUCGGUCUGGUGCCGGGCUGUGCUAACCCCACCGGUGUAGCCCUCGCCGUUAUACUGUUCGUCAUGUUCAUCUGCAGUCAGCCUUUUAUUAGACGGGGCGGGAGUUUUGAGAUAUUCUACUGGUCCCACCUGCUGUACGUGCCGUUCUGGCUGCUGCUGCUGGUGCACGCGCCCAACUUCUGGAAGUGGUUCGUGCUGCCCGGCACCGUCUACGUGGCCGAGAGGAUCAUGAGGCUGGCGUGGAUGAGAUCAGAGCGUGGCAAGACCUACAUAUCAUCAGGCAUCCUGCUCCCCUCUCGCGUGACCCACCUGGUGGUGAAGCGUCCCCCACUCUUCCACUUCCACGCCGGAGACUACGUGUUUGUGAACAUUCCAGCUAUAGCUACUUAUGAGUGGCAUCCUUUCACCAUCAGCAGUGCUCCUGAACAGGAAGAAUAUAUCUGGCUACAUAUACGUGGCGUAGGUGAGUGGACCAACCGAUUGUACUCCUACUUCGAAAGAGAACAAGCCAGGCUACACGGUGAAGAACUGCCGGCAAUUGAAAAUGGACAUCAGCAGCUAGCACGUUCAAUAUCCAGCCAAAGUAAGAAGAGCCGCAAGGGUUCAGUCGCUAGCACUAAGAAGAGGUCUGUGGACUUCUCCCCCAAGUGCUUCACCAAUGAUGCUUAUGUUGCAGAGGAAGGCAAUGGAGACGUCAAACAAAAUGAUGCACCAUCACCAACAAAGAUAUCGUAUCACCCCUCACUAUUGCUGGCUCCGCCUCGCACUCUAGAGAAGUCUCGUUCCAUGCCUGACGUACAGAAGAAUUUGAAGAAACGACAGCGCUUAAUAGCUCUACGCGACUUCAUGCGUUCAGAGUCGGAAAGCAAGUUGGACGAGGGCUCCAUGCUGAGCGCUCGCAGGACCUUCGGGCUGGCCAGCAAGAUACCACAGAACAAAUCCUUAGUACACAGCUUCAGGUACAUGAGGACCAAGCCUACGAUCAUUGCCUUCAAGACUCCUAGCUUUGAGGAGAGGAGGCGGAGUAAUGAUAGCAUUUUGACUCUUGCUCGUCGUCGUCUAUCAAAGAGUUUGUCUCCAGACAGAGACGUUGAAUGUCAGCCAGAGAAGAUCGUGGAGUGUGAGAAUGAUGGUUCAGAGGCUACUGAUGAUUUCGAAGCCAACUAUCCCAUUGGAAAGCCUCUGGAGAUCUACCUCGACGGUCCAUACGGCGCAGCCUCCUCACAUAUCUUCCUGGCCCAGCACGCAGCUCUCGUCGCGGCCGGCAUUGGGGUCACUCCCUUCGCGUCCAUACUGCAAGCUGUGAUGUACCGCUACUGGAGUGCCAGGCAGGACUGUCCUAAGUGUGGGCAUACGUGGGCGUCUGAUAUGCCCCGACAUAAUAUGAAUUUGAAGAAGGUGGAUUUCUUCUGGAUAAACCGUGAGCAGCGUUCAUUCGAGUGGUUCGUAUCGCUGCUGUCUCAAUUGGAGAUAGAACAGGCAGAGCUGGGUGGAGCUAUGGAACGGUUCCUGGAGAUGCACAUGUAUAUCACCAGCGCGUUACAGAAGUCAGAUAUGAAGGCCGUUGGACUGCAGUUAGCUUUGGAUCUUUUGCAUGAGAAGGAAAAACGUGACCUUAUAACAGGUUUGAAGACCAGAACGAACGCGGGUCGUCCGAACUGGGAUAAAGUAUUCAAACAACUGCAGGAACAGAAUAAAGGGAAGGUCACAGUCUUCUACUGCGGACCUCCACAGCUCGCCAAGAUACUCAGGGUCAAAUGUGACCAGUUUGGAUUUGGAUUCAGAAAAGAGGUGUUUUAGUAUAAUAAAAGUUGUUAAAAAUCUUAUUUUAUAUGCAAUAUGCAGACGACAGCAUGUAAAGUUAUAAUUUUGCCGAAAAUAGGUUUUUAAUCUUAUUUCUUAUGUAUUUAAAUCAAUAUUCUAUUGAAGCUUGUAGUUGCUUUAUGUGCUGCCAUGAACUGUAGACUGCAGCGUGUAAAGUUAUACUUUGUUCGACAUUUUUUUUUAAUUUGAUUCUUAAGGAAUAAUGUUAAAAGUCUAUCGAAGCUUAUGGUAGCUUCACGUCUGGCGUGUGUAUGCUCGUAUUAAUAUUUGAAAUUAAGAUUGUUACCAGAAAAUACCAUGUGAUAGAAAUGUGAUCAAAUACCUAUGUGUUCUGGUUUCUUUAAUAGAAGUAAUUUUAUUUUU